AUGGCGCUGGAUGCAGUCAACACUGCAGUGCAGAGCACCAGCAGCAACUCCGAAGUCAACGGAAAAGAUACUGAAAAAGAAGAAGUCAAAUACGCGCCCAAGGGAUCCGUUUGCGGAAUUCACAAUCUCUAUCAAACGACGCCUGACGAGAGCGGGUACACGUCGUGGAGCAAGAGUCCGCCUGAGGUCGAAGAAGCUGCUGAAAGCGAAGAAUCUGCCCAGUACGCCUUGAUUCUGCGACACACCAAAUGCUACGAUGGGCGCCGAGCUCUCGACCUUCACUCAGUCGUGAUCCAAAGUGAGCCUCUGAAGAAGGUCCUUGGCAACGUCCUUCACAAAUACCCCGGCGUCACGACAACUCUGGAGCGGCUUGAGUUCUCAAAACCGUUCAAGCCCUUGGUUCAUCGGUGGGAAGCCCUUACCAAGGCUCACGAGGAAGAACAUGACGAAAUCACCAAAAAGCAUGUUGUUCUGUUCUACAAGAUCCUCGAAGAGGAACUCCGGGAUACACUUGAUCGCAAGAAGGACCUAAUUUGUAAUGCAGUCAUCACUCACGACCUCAUCUGGAGCAUUUUCGAGCCCGGCGACGUGGUGAUCAGCGUGAUCGGUGACCGUACACGCGGAUACCAAUUUGUCAGUGCUUCCUUGAACUGCGAGACGGGUAAGUGGAGCCUCAGAACAAAGUACAUCGACUUCGACGGCGACGCUUUCAGAUAUGACGAAGAAGAAUUCAGCGUUGGAUCGUUCACAGGCACUGUUCCUAUCACCACGUUGCCGGUGUCUCCCCUCACAUAUCAUUCCAAUCAGUCCAUCAUUCGACAAGCCUUGAUUGCGCAAGGAAAGGUCUGGGAGGAGCACAAGGGAUAUCACUACAAGCAAUAUGAUGGCAUUGCCAUCGGGUUUGUUGAAGGUGACGAUGACACGGAGCGACGGAAAUAUCAAGUGCAGAGCAGAAUCAUCAUCGACGCUCAGGCUUUCCGAACAUUUCAGCUCUACAAAUCCAUCAAUCUGAACGGCGAAGUUCUGGAUGAGCUGGACGAUGACCAGAGGGUUAUCACGUCUAAUUUGGUCUAUGGAUAUGCCCUGAAGGACAAAGAAUGGCUCCAGUUCUUCUUGGACAGCUCGUCCGAGAUCGUGUGGGACUCGCAAGCAUUUGACUCGCUCGUUCUUCCCAAGGAGCAGGAGAAUUUGAAGGAUCUGAUUCUGGCUUUUGCAAAGACCCAGUCGCAGAAGCUGGAUACCUUUGACGACGUCGUUCAAGGCAAAGGCCGCGGAAUCAUCAUGCAGCUUAGUGGUCCUCCCGGAGUGGGCAAGACCCUGACAGCCGAGAGUGUCGCCGAGGUGAUGAAGGUCCCUCUCUAUGUUAUGAGCGCUGGUGAUUUGGGUACAACUGCCGGCUCCGUGGAGCGGAAUCUUAAGGAUAUCCUGCGAAUGGUCCCCAAGUGGGAUGCUGUCCUUCUACUCGACGAGGCAGACGUCUUCAUGGAAGCACGCAGUGCUACCGACUUGCAGAGGAAUGAGCUGGUAUCGAUCUUCCUUCGAAUGCUGGAAUACUAUGAGGGCAUUCUAUUCCUCACCACUAAUCGGGCCGAAAACAUCGACCCUGCCUUCGAAUCUCGAAUUCAUGUUUCGCUGGCCUACAAGGACCUCGAUGCAACCUCCCGUCGCCACGUCUGGUUCCAUUUCCUGUCUCGUACUGCUAACACGGAGAAAUUCUCCGACACAGAGCUGAACAAGCUUGCUGAGUUUGAGCUCAAUGGUCGCCAGAUCAAGAAUUUGAUCAAGACAGCGGGCUUGCUGGCCUGGUCUCAGGAGACUACCUUGAAGUUUGAGCACAUCAAGGUUGUCCUGGGUCUUCGGCAAAGCAAUUUGCUGAAGUCUACUUGA